AGAAAAAAGUGAGCGGCGCUGCGAGAGAGACGCCACACUCCCCUUCUGAAUACCCCAAGCGGUGCGCGGAAACGGAAACAUAUGGGCGUCAGCCAAAAGGAGACCAUUCAGAUGUCUAGCAGCUUCGCCGCACAGAACCACGGCAGCCGCAAUGCCCACCAGACCCCCGUCAAGUCGCACAAGGGAGGUUAUCUGAGGUGCCCCUUCAACAUCAGCGCAAGUUACGCUGAACUUGCCGAGAAGCGCGUCCGGGAAGACCUGGCACGUGGUGGAGGAGGGGUGCGCGGGCCUACCGCUGUAGCGGACAAGGAUGGCUUGCUGUCCUCGUCGUCCCUUUCCUCUCCCACGAAUCGACGUGUGGAUGGCGAUGGCGGCCUCGAGGGAAGCGAAGGCCGUCCGUGGAGUCGCGCCGGUGUGGGGGCCAGCAAACUCUCGAGUAAGGAAAAACGGAUGCAGCAGGAGCAGGCGGAACUCAUCUACGGCCGCGGGUCGCUCGCGAGCGGCGACGCCGACGACGCCACAGCUGGCACGGCCUCGCUCAGUCACGGGCCCUCGCAAGAGAACAUGUUUGCGGUGGACUCGCGAGACCAGGCAACACUGCAGCGCGUGGUGCCUCGCGGGGUGCGGGAAAAAGUGAAGCGACGACGGUUGGAGGACGUGAGGCAAGAGCGGAUUCAGUUGGGUCACCACACACACCGCAAUCGAACGGAGAGGGGUAGCAACGAUGACGAAAGGGCCGGCACGAGCGGUGAAGAGGCGAAGACGUUGCCGAGGGCGUCUGCGACCCCGUACAACGCGAAGUCCACUUCGGCGGCGCCCGUCACGGCAUCAAAGAGCUUCACAGGUUCUAACCCGGACGACGUGCCGGCCGAACACAAGUCUUCCCGCCAGUCACCUGCCGCAGAACCGCCCAACACUGUACAUCGAAGCGAUGCGAAGCCAAAGAAUCGAAUGCAGAUGCUGGAUGAUCUUCGUUCCUCUGCACUUAUCGGCAAGAAGCGAAGGCGAUAA